AUGACGGGAGAAGGUUCAGAUCGUCCUGAUAAAGGAAAGGGGGUAGCAAGGACUAAAAAGAGGCAACGACAGGCCCCAAAGUAUGUACUUAGGGUGCCUACUACACUACCUACCCCUAUAGUACACUCACCUCCUUCCUCUACAGUACACCCUUCUCCUACCUCUGUAGUUCACCCGCCUCCUACCCCUACAGUACACCUGCCUCCUACCCCUACAGUACACCCGUCUCCUUCCUCUACAGUACACCCUCCUCCUACCCCUACAGCAGACCCUCUUCCUCCCCCUGUGAUUAUUACCCCCACUCCUCCCCCCGACCCUACUUUUAUACCUUCCUCAUCUUCUAGACCACCUUCUGAGACUGCCACAGCAUCUACUGAUCUACAUUCAGCUGGUGAUGAUGAUGGCGUUGAUCCGCCCCCCUAUGAUCGACCGUGGAUUGAGCCAUAUGGCAAAGGGUUUCUUCCAUCCAGGGUUGCUUCCCAGGCCAUCACGCAUCGAUUAAGCAACAAGUUUCGCAACAAGUCUGCUACAGCCCAGAGAAACAGAGCGUCUGAAAAGGGUGGCACCCUACAUACUGGUGGGUCGAUCACGAUCCAUGAACAUGUCAUCCGUAUGGCACUGGAGCGACGUGACCAGGAGAUCACUGAUUUGAGAGCAGAUUUUACAAACUUUAAGGCCCUUGUCAUGAGUGUCUUGCCUCAAAGGGCACAGGAUCAACUUCAUCCUUCAUAA